CGACUGCUGACCCAGAAAACGUCAGCGCCAUUAAAGAACACCCCCAAGGUUUCCAUUAAAUACAUCAAUAGAAGGCUUCCUUCAUCUUCCAUUGGAGCUCAACACAGAACAUCGAAACCCUUUUGAGGAUUUCAGGGUGGAGAGAUGAAUGUCAAGGAAUCUAGCUUGAAAGAGGAAGAGGGAAGUGGUAGCAGAAUCAGAGCAGAAAAACCACCAACAUUACAGAAUCUGCAACUAAAACAAGUUUCUAAUUCUUCCAACAAUAUGGUCGUUGACCAGAGGAGUUUUCCUUCAUCUGGGAGAAAAAUUCGACAGCCAGAGAAUCAGAGAAAACCCAGAAUUUCACUUCCCAAGCCGGUCGUUAUAUCUUCUUCCAUUACUAAGCCAGUCAGUGAGCUGGAUUCUGCAGCAACUAAGCUACAAAAGGUCUAUAAGAGUUACAGAACCAGAAGGAACCUGGCAGAUUGUGCAGUGGUGGUUGAGGAGCUAUGGUGGAAAGCUUUGGACUUCGCGGCUCUCAAGGUAAGCUCUGUGUCAUUUUUCGAUGUCGAAAAGACACAAACCGCUACAUCACGCUGGUCCCGGGCGAGGACACGAGCUGCAAAGGUCGGGAAAGGCUUAUCGAAGGAUGAGAAUGCUCAAAAACUAGCUCUACAACACUGGCUUGAAGCAAUUGAUCCCCGGCACCGCUAUGGACACAACUUGCAUUUUUACUAUGAUAUUUGGUUUGACAGCAAGAGCACACAACCUUUCUUUUACUGGUUAGAUAUUGGUGAUGGGAAAAAGGUAAAUCUUGAGAAGUGCCGUAGAUCAGUUCUAUACAAGCAAUGCAUACAGUAUCUUGGACCAAAAGAGAGGGAGGAGUACCUGGUGGUUGUGGAGGAUGGGAAGCUUAUUUACAAGCAAAGCAGAAUGCCCAUCAAUACAGUUGAAGAUUCCAAGUUGAUUUUUGUACUCAGUACCACUAGAGAUUUGUUUGUGGGGCUGAAGAAGAAAGGCCGCUUUCAGCACUCCAGCUUCCUGUCUGGAGGGGCUAUAACAGCGGCCGGGCGAUUGGUUGCCGUCGAUGGUGUUCUUAAGGCUAUAUGGCCAUACAGUGGACAUUACCUUCCAACAGAGAACAAUUUCAAGGAGUUCAUCAAUUUCCUUGAAGAACACUCAGUAGACUUGACCAACGUUAAGAGGUGUUCAGUAGAUGACGACAACUACUCCGACAAAGACGUGGUCAAAGAAACAUCAACAGCAACAUUGUCAGAAGACAUGGUCGUAGAGGAUGUCGAUUUGGAAAUACCAGUCAAGUUGGUUAGCACACUUGAGCAGCAAAAGAACCCAGGUACCAGAAUAGAGGCACCAUUGAUAGAUGUACCAAAGCGCUUGCUGUGCAGAUGGAGCAGUGGAGUUGGCCCCAGAAUUGGAUGUGUGAAGGAGUACCCAGCAGAGUUGCAAGCACGAGCACUUGAGCAAGUGAACUUGUCACCAAGACACACACCGGGUUUCUUCGGCAGCUCUGUUCCGAUACCUUCGCCUCGGCCUAGCCCGAAGAUUAGGAUGUCUCCCAGGCUCUCAUACAUGGGGAUCCCAAGCCCAAGGGUGCCUGUGGCAGCCACCAUCUAAGGUUCAGGCUCCUGCCUCUGCAGCCCUACAACAAACACUCUUACUUGGCUCAACAUUUCAUGUAAAUGAUACUCAUCUUUGUUCUUUCUGCCCGUAAUGAUUUGAAAGUACAUCCUUGUUCUCUAUGUAGAUUUUCUUUCUUCCACUUGAGAAUAUAAACAUGUGAUUCUUCCUUCUUCUG